AAGAUCAAAACAACAGCAAUAACAAUAAUAACGAUAAUAAUAACAAAAAAAAAUUUGGUCAGAAGGGUUUUGUGGCAGUAAAAGUAAGUGAAUAUAUAUUCUAAAUUGAUUUAUUCGUUAAAACAUUUGAGUUGAAUACUACUCAUUGUUUCAAUGUAGUACAUGGAUAUGUAUAAUAUUGAUUUGGGCAUAAUUUGAUAAAAAAGAUAAUAACAAGUUUCAUUAUGAUAUCGUACUUUUAGAAAUGUAGUGAAUGUGGCGAAGCAAUAGCGGCAGCCUUGAGACAGUGCCCUUUCUGUAAAAGGGAUUGCAUCAAAAGGAGAAAGGUUGCAAGCAACGAAACUUGCAACCUUACAAGAAGUAAGAGGAAGAUCGAAGAUAUUGUAAGUUGUUUAUUCCUGGAUAAUCAUUAUUAUUCUAUCUGCCGUGAUAUAAAUUGGAAUUUAAUCAUAUUUUCAGAGCAAUAAUAUAAAGGAUGUCCUCGGUUACGAUGUUGCAGUUGUGUAUGUGCGAAAAACACCAUUUAAUCGCACAUACAUUGAUAUCAAGGCAACAAACGGUCGCAUGACCGAUUUCCUAUUUAAUGAUGGUGUGUUUACCAGACAAGGGCAAGCAUUGUCAAAGUUUUUUGAAAGUCUCCACAAAGAUCAAAAGAACAGUACCUCAGCAAGCAACAGGCAUCCUCAAAAAAACAACAACAUUCAAAAUGAAGGUUAAUUUUUAUAUAUUUAUAGCUACACACAGACUUCCUAAGUAUUGCAAAGAGAAUUGCACCAAGAGGGAUUUGCACCAAAUCAAAUCUGAAUUUUUUUUUAAUUUAUUUUUAGAGUGUGAAAGUGAGCAAUGUGAUGGAGAGGAACAUGGGGAGGAUGUACAGCAGAUUGAAGGUCUGUGGUUUCAAUAAGAUGACGUGAUUUUUUUUUUUAGUCAAAAUAGUUUCCUCAAAUAAUUAUUUUUACUGAAGAAAGUUCAGUCCUACUUCAAAUUUCAAAUUGUCUCUUUGUCAUUUUUAAGGGCUCGAAGAAGAGGUGUGUGAUCAAAAUACAGGUAUAGAAUAAUAUUUGUCCGAUCCGUAUCUUUGCGAAUAAGUGAUCAGUUUCAUGUGAUGUUUUCAUGUUAUGUCAUAGUUAACUGCCAAAAAAAAGAAAGUUUUUAUGUUGUAAAUAACGACACUAUAUAAUAUUUUUGAUAUUUAUAUAUAUUGAGAUGUCCUCAACUUUUAGAUGUAUAUUUUAAACAGAAAACAGUGAUGUAAAACUUUUUUAUCUUGUUUAU